UUAUUUCGCGGUUGAGAUUUUACGAUCUCUCCGGGCGAAAUCAAAAUUUCCGACGUCCGUACACACUAUCCGCCGCUGCUUAAACAGUCUCCCGCCGCCAAUCUCACUUGUUAUUUCUACUCGCUGCCGUCGGAGCUUGGUCAACUGGGACUUCUCUGAAAGCAAAGAUGGGAGAAAUGAUUGUUUCGGUGGACCAAGAUAUCCGACUGGAUGCAACACGAGCAAGAUUCUCAAGUCUUCUCGAGAGGCAUCGAGAAUUGACAAACCGUCUUGCUAGGGACUCUGAUAAGACAAUAUUUGAUCGCUUGAACAAAGAAUUUGAAGCCGCACGGGCAUCCCAAAGUCAGGAAGUGUGCUUAGAUGGGGAAGAUUGGAAUGAUGGUUUCUUGGCCACGUUAAGGGAACGGGUGCAUAUGGAGGCCGACAGAAAGGCAGAUAACGGUAAUGCCGGUUAUGCACUAGUUUCUCAUCCUGAAGAGCGAGUUACUUACAGAGUAGGAAAUAAGUUGAUAUGUUGCCUCGAGGGAGCGAGAAUUGGAAUACAGUAUGUAAUAUCGCUUGCAGGAGAAACUUACGAGGUUUACCACUGUGUGCUUGAGACCAAGUCGUUUUUGGAGAAGAUGAUUGUACUUGAGCACACAAUUCCUUUCUUUUUGCCACUACAUGACUUGGAAAAUGAUCUUCUUUGUUCGAAUGCUAAGAAAUUCAUCGAUAAUGUUGGGGAUCUUCUGCAAGCAUAUGUGGAAAGGAAGGAACAGGUCCGGCUUAUGAACGAGCUCUAUGGAAAUCAGAUCAGUGAGCUUUAUAACAGUCUUCCUUACCACAUGAUUGAAUUUUCCGUAGAUGAUUGUGAAUGCAAGGUGAUGGUGAGCCUGAGAUAUGGAGAUCUUCUGAGUGAACUGCCGACAAAAGUGAGAGUUCUAGCUUGGCCAAUGCAUCGUCAGUCGAAGAGACAGUGUACAAGCCCUGGAAAUCAAACAGUUCCUGUGCGAUUUUUUUUUGCCGAGGAUGCUUUACGAAUCCAAUCACUACCUGAAGCAUACGCAGAGAUUGUGAUAAACCUGCCAGGCGAAAUUGAGCAAAUAUUUCAGUAGAGGAGUCCGUGCUAAAAGCUGAAGCUGUGUCUCAUGAAUUUUUCUAUUUCACUUGCUGCUUCGUUGUAUGAUGUCUGAUUGUGAUCCUUCAUCCAAAAUGUUAAAAUAGUGCUUUAUCGAUUAGAGUUAGACUAUUACUGAUUGGAAAUUGUUCAUGCUCGAAACAGAAACAGAUAUAUAAAGUUUUGUUCUCUAUGGCUUGUAACAUGGUUCAUUCAUAUU